CCCUCCUUCCUACCCCAAACAGAAUAAUGGCAGCACCUUCCUGCAUGAAAGACAGCAGUCAUGGCCUUGGCAAGGCUUCUGGCUCCACUUCCAUGAAAGGUCAGAGAAGCACUGCCCAAAAGCCUUGACCGGGACACAGCCCAGGUCAACAGCAGCAGUCACAUCUGACGCUCUGCACAGCAGCAAGCCCAGCACUCAACCUGGCUCCCGAACUUUCCCAAGGUGACCCUGCCUCAGUCCUCCCUCUGCGGCCAUGACCACUGCUGUCCAGGAACUGCUACGACUGGCUCAGGCGCACCCCACAGGACCCCCCACCCUCGACCCUGUCAAUGACCUGCAGCUCAAGGAUGUGUCUGUGGUCGAAGGGGGGCUCCGGGCCUGGAAGCUGGAGGAGCUGAUCCGGGGGGCUCAGUGCAUGCACAGUCCCCGUUUCCCUGCCCAGUACCUGAAGCUGCGGGAGCGGAUGCAGAUCCAGAAGGAGAUGGAGCGGCUGCGCUUCCUGCUGUCAGACCAGUCACUGCUGCUGCUCCCAGAGUACCAUCAGUGCUCCGAACCCUGGGGUAAGUGGACGAGGCGGGCACCGUGAAGCUGGCCGGGCGGGUGGCUUGCACCAUGAGCAGCCAUGAGCUGCUUCUCACCAAGGCCAGUACCCAGAGCUACUCCUUUCAGAACUCCUG